UUCAUAAAUACAGAAUGAAAAAAAUUGCAGAUAGCCUCUAGCGCCCUUCAAGGUCCCUGAACAAGUGUAACUUUUCCAUCUGGUAUGGCUAAAAUAUUAAAAUAAAAAAUAGAUAAAUAUUAAAAUAAUGUAAAUGUAAUAAAAGCGGGACUGUCCUGAUUAGAGUAUUUCACUUGAUUGUAAUAUAAAAAAAAUCCAAAUCAGUUAUUACCGCCUGAUAGUCUUGAGACGCCCUGUAUACCGACCCGCAAACAAUAUUUUCUAUAAAAUUAGUGCAUUGGUUGAUUUUAGGAUGAAUGAAAAAUGAAACUCAACUAUUUUGUAUAAAAAAAACAAUUUAUUCAAAAUUCGGUUAUAGCUGGUGUAACACUGACAAAUAAAUAGAAUUUGUGGGAAACCAGGUCAGUGAGGGUCCCUAUGUGACAAUAGCAUUGAAGUUGACUGCCCAAAAUGUCACCUUAACGUCAUAAUUUUCAAUCUGCACAUCACAAAUUGAAUUUUCUUAAUCCUAAUACAAUUCCAGUUCGAUUUAAUGAGCCGCGAUGUUGAUUGUGAUUGUGAUACUUUGGCAACAAAACAGAAACUCAAACACAUCAAAUGCAAAAUUAUAAAAUUAAUGAAUGAUCAACUAUCAAAGUCGGAAAAUUUCGUCGACGAUGAAAUCAAGAGAAAUGAACAGUGUAUAAAACGAGGGUGUUGGUCCUUGUGUUCCUCCAGGACGUGGCUGUACUUGUUAGGGCUUGUAACUAUAGUUCUUGUAGCAAUUUUAAUAGGGGCUUUUAUGGGGGCCCGUAUUUGCGGAAACGAAGCAGGAUCUUGCGACGACUAUGGCGUAUUUUAACAGUUUUACACUAUAUUUUAUCCGACACCUAUUAGAAAUACUCUACAAUUGGUUAAGGUGCAAAUAAACAACCAGUUGGGUCGAAAUGGCGUUUGAUUUAAAUUAAAAAAU